AUCCAUUAAUUGGAAAUUUAGAUCUGUUCAGAAUAAAAGACGUUCCCCUCAAUGAAUGUGUAUAUAGAACUCUAGUCGCCUUAUCACAAAUGUACGACAAAUAUGGUUUAUUUAGAAUUCAACUGGGUCCCUCACCCGUGGUCGUACUGUUCAAACACCAUACUGUCGAUGCUUUAUUGACGAGUAAUACAAAUAUAGAGAAAUCUGAGCAGUACAUGUUUUUACUGGAAUGGUUGGGCGAGGGGCUACUCACAAGUACCGGUGCCAAAUGGAAAGGCAGGCGAAAACUGUUGACACCAGCCUUUCAUUUCAAGAUAUUGGAUGACUUCAUACCGAUUAUGUGCGAACAGUCAGACAUAUUGGUCCAGAAGCUCAUGAGGGAGUCCAGCAAACCAUACAUCGAUAUCAGGGAACCCAUAACUCAGUGCACUCUUGAUGUCAUUUGUGAGACAGCAAUGGGUGUCUCGAUAGGCGCACAGUUAGGCAAAAACACGGAGUACGUGAAUGCCAUUCACAAUAUGGGAGAAAUACUGAUGAAACGGGUGUUUUCGCCGUGGAUUUGGUCGGACUUUGUGUUUUACCGGACAGGGAUGGGCCGCCUAUUUGCCACGAGUCUCAAAAUAUUGCAUACAUUCACCAGAAAUGUCAUAAACGACAGGAAGUCUCAGUUGAUGUCCGCAAAGACCGACACAAACAACGAUAGCCUGAAAAGUGAUGACAACAUGUAUUUGUCGGACAAACGCCGCAAACGCUUGGCUUUUAUGGACCUAUUGCUUGAGCAUCACAUGAAAGACAAUGCGCUGACCAUCGAUGACAUACGCGAAGAAGUGGAUACUUUUAUGUUUGAAGGGCACGACACCACUUCUGUAUCACUCGGAUGGACACUAUAUCUGUUGGGACGCCAUCCGGAUGUCCAGAAUCUCAUACACGAAGAGCUGAGUGAGAUAUUUGGUGACGACAUCCACAGAGACAUCACGACCGAUGACCUCUCGAAGAUGUCGUACUUGGAGUGUGUGCUGAAGGAGUCGCUGCGGAUGUAUCCGUCGGUGCCAUUCAUUGGCCGCAAACUCACGGAAGACCUCAAUUGCGGCGACGAUUAUGUAGUGCCGAAGGGAACCAAUGUCUUCCUCUUCAUCGAGAGAAUGCAUUUCGACUCAAAUGUAUUUCCAGAUCCCCUGCACUUCAAGCCCGAGAGGUUCCGGGAUGAGAGCACCGGCAACAUCAACGCCUACUCAUACGUGCCCUUCAGUGCCGGCGCCCGCAGUUGUAUUGGCAAACGGUUUGCCGUCAACGAGGAGAAGAUUAUUUUGGCAAAGAUUUGCCUCAACUUCCGGUUCGAGUCCAUGGAUCCGAUCGAUAAGAUUCAGGUCUCUUCUGAGAUGGUGUUCCGCGCCAAAGACGCCCUCAAUAUUAAGUUUAUACCGAAAUAUAAGCAAAAUUUGUAG